AUGCUAUCCCCUCACAUCGUCCACCCCCUUGACGCACCGUCGCCCUCGCAUCCCCCGUUUCCCCGUCGCCCUUGCCCUCCCAACGCCCUUACCCCGGUCCCCUCUCGUCGAUUUCUUGUCAACGUCGUGGGGCCACAUUCCGACGCUUCGUACACCACUCCGCGCUCCUCUCGCCUCACGGCGCGCGCUCCUCUCGCCUCCCCGCGCGCGCUUCUCUCGCCUCCCCGCGCGCGCUCCUCUCGCCUCCCCGCGCGCGCUCCUCUCGCCUCCCCGCGCGCCCGGCUCUCGCCUCCCCGCGCGUGCUUCUCUCGCCUCCCCGCGUGGGCUCCUCACGCCUCCCUGCACGCGCUUCUUUCGCCUCCAGCGCCGCAUCUUCCCGCCUCCCCGCGCGCGCUCCUCUUGCCUCCCCGCGCGGCCUCCUCUCACCAUCGCCAGCGUGCUCCGCUCGCCAUGGCCUCGCGUGCUCCUCUCGCCUUGAUAGCGCGCGAUUCUGUCGCCUCCCCGCGUGGCCUCCUCUCACCAUCCCGCGCGUGCUCCUCUCGCCUCCCCUCGCAUGAGAGGCGAGCCUUUAUAGCGCGCGCUUCACUUGCCUCCCCGCGCGGCCUCCUCUCACCUCCCCGCACAUCCUCCUCUCGCCACCUCACGCGUGCUUCUCUCGCCUCCCCACGCGAACUCCUCUCGCCUCCCCUCGUGUGCACCUCUCACCCCCCCUCUGCCGCCCCUCUUGCCUCCCCGUGCAGCCUCCUCUCACCUCCCUGUGCGUGCUCCACUCGCCUCCCCUCGCGUGGUCAUCUCACCUCACCUUGUGUGCUCCUCUCGCCCCCCCACGCGUGCUCCUCUCUCCUCAUCUUACCCUCUGUUCGCGUCGCUGAUCGCAAAUAUUGCCCUUGGCCCCUGCUCACACUCUUGCAACGGCUGUGCUUCCGCAUCCCCUCUGCACGCCCUCUUUCCCCCUCUUCCACGCCCUCAUUUCCCACCCUGCUUGCCCACGUUUCCCCACCUUGCAGUCCCUCACAAGCCCUCGGUGGGGUGCUCCUCUCUCCUCACCUCCCGUGGUCCACUCUGACAGGGCAUGGUGGGGUGCUCCUCUCUCCUCACCUCCCGUGGUCCACUCUGACAGGGCAUGGUGCUCCUCUCCUCUCGCCUCCCGUGCUCCACUCUGGAAUGUGGGACGCUCCUCUCUCCUCACCUCCCGUGCUCCCCUCUGACAGGGGGGUGCUCCUCUCUCCUCACCUCCCGUGCUCCCCUCUGACAGGUGGGGUGCUCCUCUCUCCUCACCUCCCGUGGUCCACUCUGACAGGGCAUGGUGCUCCUCUCCUCUCGCCUCCCGUGCUCCACUCUGGAAUGUGGGACGCUCCUCUCUCCUCACCUCCCGUGCUCCCCUCUGACAGGGGGGUGCUCCUCUCUCCUCACCUCCCGUGCUCCCCUCUGACAGGUGGGGUGCUCCUCUCUCCUCACCUCCCGUGGUCCACUCUGACAGGGCAUGGUGCUCCUCUCCUCUCGCCUCCCGUGCUCCACUCUGGAAUGUGGGACGCUCCUCUCUCCUCACCUCCCGUGCUCCCCUCUGACAGGGGGGUGCUCCUCUCUCCUCACCUCCCGUGCUCCCCCCUGACAGGUGGGGUGCUUCUCUCUCCUCACCUCCCGUGGUCCACUCUGACAGGGCAUGGUGCUCCUCUCCUCUCGCCUCCCGUGCUCCACUCUGGAAUGUGGGACGCUCCUCUCUCCUCACCUCCCGUGCUCCCCUCUGACAGGUGGGGUGCUCCUCUCUCCUCACCUCCCGUGCUCCCCUCUGACAGGUGGGGUGGUCCUCUCUCCUCGCCUCCCGUGCCCCACUCUGACAGGGCAGGGUGCUUCCGGACCUGUUUCCCUAACCCCUCCCUCUCCCUUGUUGUUUUCUGCCUGAUGUUCCCUUUUCUCACCCUCUAA